GUGAUCAGAGUUUGAUGUAUAAAUCAUCAUCUCGUCUUUUGGCAGACUUCGUAAGCAUCGACUGCGGCAUAACCGGCAAUACUAACUACACCCACGGUGAGACCGACAUACUCUACGUAUCCGAUGACCAGUUCACGGACACGGGGAUCAAUCACCAAGUCGCCUCAAACGACGUGUCUUCCUCGCUCGACGAACUACUAUUGACGGUGCGAAGCUUUCCCAAUGCUUCCCGAAGUUGCUACGUCUUGAAGCCAGUGAUUCAGUACCGGAAGUACAUCAUGAGGGCGACCUUCAUGUACGGGAACUACGACGGCCUGAACCGUGCGAACGUCGUCAAGCCGCUGCUGUUCGAUCUGUACAUGGAUGUCAAUUUUUGGCAGACGGUCAACGUCAGCGAUCCGAAAAGCAUUUACGAGGUCGAGGCCAUGGCCGUUGCUUUGGCGGAUUCUGUGUCGGUGUGCUUGGUGGAUACGGGCUCGGGAACUCCCUUCAUAUCUGCACCGGAGCUGAGGCCGCUUGUGGAUGCCAUGUAUCCUUCUGCAAACACCUCGCAGAGUCUGGUUCUUAACAAUCGCCUUAACGUCGGACCUUCGAGAAAUAGCUCAGCGUUGAGAUAUCCCGAUGACCCCUACGAUCGCAUAUGGCGGCCAUGGACGAGGCCGGACGCGUGGAUGGAGAUAUCAACCACCGAAACGAUCAGCAACAGCGCGAAGAAUCUGUUCCAGCCGCCGACGACCGUCAUGCAGACCGCGGCCACACCCUCGGGGAACAGCUUGAAGAUGGAGUUCUACUGGACCUUCGCGGAUGCACAGGUCCCAAACAACGAGUUCUAUGUCAACUUGUUCUUCACCGAGUUCGAGCGCAACACCUCGAGACUGUUCAACGUGUAUCUGAACGACGAACUGCUGACAAAUUACACACCGCCCUACGGGUCGGUGGGCUAUUUGUUCAGCUCCCGCCCCCUGGAUCCGGCGUCCGAGUACCACUGGGCCCUCAACUCCAUGGGCCUGUCCACCCUGCCCCCCAUCCUUAACGCCAUCGAGGUUUUCACGGCGAUGCAUCUCACGCUGGCAGCCACCGCCUCCGGAGACGGUACGUUCUUCCCUUCUUGGAUGAGAAAUUGCGUUGCAUGCACAUAUCUCGUAAGUGUUCCCUGUGGCGCAUUGCACGAAAGGUGGUUGGUUGGGCUGCCUCCCUCUGCCUCGCCCCGCUGACAUGGACUUAGCUGGUUUUGCCUAAGUCGUGCGGCACCCUUGCGUGUCCGUCCGCAAAGGUCAGCCUCCCCGAAGCCUCCCCUUGUCCCUUAGGACCAUCAAAAGAGAGAACGGGUUGGAGAGAACGCCUCAAUCGGGAUCCACAAGCAAACAUGUCCGAAAAACACUUCAUAGACAAUGCAAAUUACAAACAGACUUUACAAGCUCUGAACAGUGGCACAACAAAGGGUAAAAUGGUCCAUUACAGACCGAAAAGCUCUCGCACGUGUCCACAUGACACAACCUUUAUUUACAAGCCUAAAGAGGCCACCACCCAACUAAAAUGGGACUUAUAAGCCUUCGGCCGCCCCUCUACAUGCUGUACAAG